CGAACACUUGAUUAUAUUAAUAAUUAUUUGUCAUCUCAUACAAAUUUUAAAGCAGCAACAGAUUAUUUUUAUUUAAGAAAUUUUGUUAUUGGUUCCAAUCCAAUAUUAAUGACAUCCAUUAAUGGUAUAACUGCUAAUCGCACAUUUUCAACCAAUCUUUCAGCAUCAGAAUUCUUUUUUGUUCAAUAUACAAGAUCAGCUCACUUUCCUACCUAUGUUCCAAUAAGUGUUAUUCCAAAUCUUGGUUGUUCUGAUGAUGAUUGGCUUGCAGUGAAUCCUUCUUCUAAUGAUCGAGUUGCAUUAGUCAAAAGAGGUAAUUGCAGUUUUGCCGCCAAGGCAGCAUUUGCAUCGAAAUAUAACGUUACUGCUCUUCUACUAUAUAAUGAUGGUACAUCACCAGGUGGUAUCGCACCCAUUUAUAUUAGUUUAGGAAUGAAUAAUGAAUUACCAGGACUUUUUCUUUCCUAUGCUCUUGGUCAAGAACUUGCUGAUGCUGCUCAAAAUGCAUCAAAUAAUGUCGGUGUUCGUAUAACUAUCAAUGUAGCUGAUGAAUCAAGAUAUCCUGUUGGUAAUAUUUGUGCUGAUACACCAACAGGUGAUCCUACUCAAACAAUUGUUGUUGGUAGUCAUAGUGAUAGUGUACCAGCUGGUCCAGGUAUUAACGAUAACGGUAGUGGUAGUGCAGCAAAUCUUGGUUUAGCUGUGGCUCUUGCUCGUCUUUUUCAAACAUCUACUUAUGAAAAAUAUAAAUAUCGUGUUCGAUUUUGUUGGUGGGGUGCUGAAGAGGUUGGUCUGCUUGGUUCUGAUUUUCAUGUUAAACAAGCAAAAAUUAACACUACUGUUGGCGAACGUCUUGAUGAUUACUUGAUUAAUCUUAAUUAUGAUAUGCUCGGUUCACCGAAUUAUAUCUUUGGUAUUUAUGAUGGACGAACAGCAAACAGUAAUACUCCACCACAAGCACUUCCAGGUAGUAACAAGAUGACAGCUUUAUAUCGUGAUUGGUUUAAUCAACAGAAAUUACCUUGGACUAAUACUGACUUUAGUGGUCGAAGUGAUUAUGGUCCAUUUUUAGCUGAAGGUAUUGUGGCUGGUGGACUAUUUUCCGGCGCUGAUGGUAUGAAAUCGCUUGAAGAACGUAAUUAUUAUGAUCAACUGCUUGGCCAGGGAAUGGGUGGUAUUGCCGGUGCUAUUCAUGAUCCAUGUUAUCAUCGAGCUUGUGAUUCCAUUCAAAAUAUCAAUGUAUUUGCAUUUGAAAAAAUGGUGCAAGCUGCAGCUUAUGUUUUAGAAUAUUUAGGUCGUCAAGAUGAUUUGAAGCAAUGGCUUUAUCCAAAUCAAACAACAACUCGACUAGAUAGUCGAAAACAACAACGAGACUAUAAUUCAAUAAAUGAAUAUUUCGGAUUACCUUACUCAUGA